AUGCCCGACAAGAAGGUCCCAACAUCGACCGUUCCAGCCCCCGUUCCUGUCGGCCCCGUAGAGGUCGUCCUAGCCCCCGUCCCUGUCGGCCCCGUAGAGGUCGUCCUAGCCCCCGUCUCUGUCGGCCCCGUAGAGGUCGUCCUAGCCCCCAUCCCUGUCAGCCUCGGAGUAGCAGUUCCCGCCGACCUCCAGGAGGAGGCCGCGCCAGCUGGAGUUGCUGCCGCGGUUCACGCCGACCUCCAGGAGGAGGUCGCGCCGGCUGGAGUUGCUGCCGCGGUUCACGCCGACCUCCAGGAGGAGGUCGCGCCCGCUGCAGCUCCUGCGGGCCUCCAGGAGGGGGUCGCUCCUGCAGCAGCGCCUGCCGCAGCACCUGCUGCAGUCCCUGCCGGCCUCCCGGAGGGGGUCGGUCCAGCUCUGUCUCCUGCCGGCCUCCCGGAGGGGGUCGGUCCAGCUCUGUCUCCUGCCGCCCUCCCGGAGGAGGUCGGUCCAGCUCUGUCUCCUGCCGCCCUCCCGGAGGAGGUGGUCGGGUGGUCCUGGUCCCUGUGUUUUUUGGGCCAAUGUGUGCAGGUGCAGUUCCUGGUGGCCCGGUCCCGGCCACGCCCGUCUCCGCUCCUGGUGGUCUGGCGCCUACAGAACCUGCAUCGGUUCCUGGCGGCUCGGCCCCGGCCGCACCUGCAUCGGUUCCUGGCGGCUCGGCCCCGGCCGCACCUGCUUCGGGUCCAGGAUGAAGCCUUUAGUUGCAUUUUUUAUUUUGUGCAUUGUUGUAAAUGUGUAAAAAACAAAAGUAUUUUUGCGUCGGUUCCUGGUGGUCCGGCGCUGACCGCUUCGGUUCCUGGUGGUCCGGCGCUGACCGCUUCGGUUCCUGGUGGUCCGGCGCUGACCACGUCUCCACGCCUGUUCUGCUCCUUGGUGCCGGCAUUCCGCCGGCUGGUACCUUGUCGGCCUGAUGGGUGGCCUCGCCUUUGGCGCAUCCUGUGGCGAGGAUGGCGCUGCCUCCUGCGUCGUCGGCCACCUCGGCUGUCUAGUUCCGGGGGUGACUCCCUGCCCGGGGGUCGCCGUUUCCUGCGGUGGCGAUGGCGUUGCUUCUGCCGUGGCCGACCGCCGCGCCCCCUUGGCCUCCUGGAAGGGACAGUUUGGACCAUUGUGGGGUUUUGUUUUGUCCCUCCUCCUGAUGUCCUCCCUCCGCCCACCCUGCUUCGACGUCCGGCCGAGGGGGGGGAUUCGGGCCCUCCUCCUGCGAACUCCCUCCACCCGCCCUGGGCGGGGGGGCUCGUUGGCGUGGUGGAAGACGCCAUAGGGGGGGGGGUACUGUCAUGUUUCACGCCAUGUCUUGUUGUCACGCCACGUCCUGUUUUAUUUUGUUAAACUUCCUGUUUCAGUCAGCUGUUCACUUACCGGUUCCCAGUAUCCACACCUGUCUGUAAUCAAGUAAUCACCUACCAGUAUAUAGCAUCCACCUCGCACAGACUCAAGCUGCCAGAUUGUUAAGUCCCGAACUUCCUUCCAGCGAUUCAUGUAUAGCCUCUUGUGUUUUUGACCCUGAUUGCCUUGACCAUUGUUUCCUGCCUGAAUCUUGUCUGUACCGUCGCCUGCGAAAGAACCGUGACUGGACAACUGACCGUGAGUUUGCUUAACCCUUGCCUGUACCUUCACCGAGACCUCCUGUGUAACGUACCUUGCCUGUUUACUGGACUUGAGACUGCCUGCUCCCUUUUGUACUUCCCUACCAAGCGUUGUGUAUGACCUGGACCGUCUGACUCUGUUUUCUAAAAUAAAACCUGUGUUAAUCGUCACCUUGCCUCUGCGCUGUGCAUGUGGGUCCGCCGCCUGCCCCAAGCCUGACACUUUCUGCAGAAGAACCAGCGGGUGAAUUCGGCCACCACCUCUCUCAUGAUUAUUCUGUGAUUGUACUAUUUCAUUCUAUGUAAUAAAUUCAUGUGUUAAUUUGAGCAUAAAA